AUGGCCCAAAUGCAUAACCCACCCGAUCACGAUGAAGCGCCACCACCAUACACGGAAGCAGCAAACACAGCUUACAAUCCAGCUUUUAUGCCGAACUUGACGUCGCAACAAGCGAGUGCACAUGCAUCGACAACGAGUAAUGAACCUGGGACACCAUCUACGGCACCAUCUGCACCUCCAUUGUCGACGAUAGCUGAUUCGGCACCUUCGACACCGCUACCCCAGGCAGUAUCACCACCACCUUUAGGGAUGUAUCCAGGAGGAGUGUCAUCUCCACAGCAACCAUACCCACAUCAUACGUAUUAUCAUCAUCAUCACCAGGAACAACAUCUUGUGAGUGGACCACAGCAGCAGUAUUAUCAGACAAUGCCCAUUCCCCAACAUCAACAUCAAAGCUAUUUUCCAGGUGGAUGGACGAUCCCACAACAACUUCCACAACAAAGACAGCAACGCUAUUUCAUUGAUUCAUCCGAACGCCGAUUCCCACUGGCGGCAUUGUUCUUUUUGUUUGGAUGGAUCUGCCCACCUCUUUGGAUCUUGGGAGCAUGUUGUUGCAGUGGUAGUCGUAAUCGUUACGAAGCAUGGUGGGGCAAGGCGAAUUUUAUUAUGGCAGUAAUGUUUAUCAUUUCAUCACUGCUAUACUCGAUGAUGGCUAUUACAGUGGGCGAUUGGAUGAUUGGAUUACACGUGUUCAGCUUGGCCACAGCAUGA